AUGGACUACCGCAUGGUGAUCGCAUGCAGCAUGGAGUACCACAGGGUGAUCGCAUGCAGCAUGGAGUACCACAGGGUGAUCACGUGCAGCAUGAAGUACCGUAUGGUGAUCGCAUGCAGCAUGGAGUACCGUAUGGUGAUCGCAUGCAGCAUGGAAUACCACAGGGUGAUCGCGUGCAGCAUGGAGUACCACAGAGUGAUCGCCUGCAGCAUGGAGUAUCGCAUGGUGAUCGUGUGCAGCAUGGAGUACGACAGGGUGAUCGCGCGCAGCAUGGAGUACUGCAGGGUGAUCAGCAUGGAGUACCACAGGGUGAUCGCGCGCAGCAUGGAGUACCGCAGGGUGAUCAGCACGGAGUAUCGCAGGGCGAUCGUGAUCAGCACGGAGUCGAGCAUGGGGAUCAGUCCAAGUCAUCAGAGCGAGUCACAGGCGAAGGCCUUGGACAAGCGUGGAGCGGCAAGUGACCCUGAGACGGUGAAACCGGGCGUGACAGUCUUGCCGUUGUUGCCACUACCGUCACCUGAAACCUCUCCGGUCGAAGUGCAAGAUUGGUUGCAACUUUUGGCCGCACCAUUGUCAGAUUUGUCUGACUCGUCAGGCGAAUGGUGGAUGAAGAUCCAGGAGCUCUCGCAGAAGGCCUAUGUGACAUGGUCGAAGGCCACGCCCCUCGAGCGCUUGACUCUUAAGGCUCCAAGAGAUCGGUCGUUGGAGGAGGGGCGCUUAGCGCGCUUGCGUGCGCGUGCUGCUUCAAUGAUCCUCGCCGCCGUUGACUCCACAGUGAAGGCCGACCUCGUGGGCAGAAAGAGCGCGCAAUCCACCUCGCAGAUUCUUUAUAGAAUCUUGACCCUCUAUCAGCCGGGUGGCGAGAACGAAAAACGCUUCGUCAUCGACCAGCUCACCAAUCCGGGUUCUCAAGACCAAGCUUCGAAGGCUGCAGAGUCCCUGAGGAUGUGGGAAAGCUGGUACCGCCGGGCUGUAGAUGUGGGAGUGGCUACACCAGAUGCAACGAUACUGAGCCGAGCUUUGAUGAAGACGAUGGAGAAGGUCUUACAGAAUCCAGAAGCUGCAUUUCGGACUUCUUUGCUGAGGAAUUCCCUCAAACUGGAUUCGAGGCCCACUCAGGAGACGAUCUUGGCACUGCAUAAACACUUGCUGGCCGAGGCAGAGGGGCUGUCUACGAGUACGUCGAGAACUACGGCAACGGCCGCAACCGCCCAGGACAAGUCGCCGAAGAUCAAAGGGCUUCAAACGGCUGGCGGAGGGGACACGGCACCGAAUCCAAAGGCGAAGUCGGCUCCUUCCUCCUCCGAAUCAACGACGCAAAGGGCAUGCAAGUGGUUUGCCAAAUCAGACACCGGGUGCAGAAGGGGAAGUGAAUGCCAGUUCACCCACGAGUGGGGAUCGACCCCCAAGGCAGGCCGAUGCCUCCUAUGCUCUGCAGUGGGACAUGGGAAGAAGGAUUGUCCAACCAAGGACAAGAGCGCCGGAACUACGGGAAAUCGUCAGCGAGGAGAAGCUUCGACCAGUUCUUCCUCCGUGCCUGCUGUUGCAAACAAGGCCUUGGCGGCGGCAGUGGACAAUGCGCCUACCUCACCGGCUUCUCCGCAACCCGCAACCGAGCCUUCUCCUGUGAACUCCCCAACGGCUCGUUCAAGGCCACCAGAGGAGGAUUAUCCCGAGGCCUUGAAGAAGAUUAUGGAUGACGCCCAAAAGGUUCUCAAGUCGCUGAUGGCUUCGAGCUCUGCGACCCCGACGUCUGCGAGUGCAUUUAUCCCUACCUAUGAGUCGAUACAGAAGCAGCUGGAUGGCGACGUCAAGGGAUGGCCAUGGCUAUGGAUACCGCUACUUCCGGGCAGUGGCAAUGAGCAAGGGGACGAUGGGGGUGGAAUUGGUGACGUGGACUUAGACGACAUCGAGCCCUCUCUUCCGGGAGACGGAGGCGAGGAUGACCCUCCGGCUCUCAAGAAGCUCUCCGCAGAUGAUCUAUGGAAUGAUGAUGAUGUGGCGGAGGAGCAACAAAAGAAAGAUGUGGAGAAAGAGCCCUUGCUCGAAGGGAACAGGGAGAUUCCUAUGGACCACCUGUACUUUAUGAUGUCGUUGAAGUCUAAGAAAAGCAGGGUCGUCAUGCAGGCCAUCCAGGAGAUUGUCCUCCAGCUCAAGCAUGAGAACCUCCCGGUGGUGCGUAUCCACUCAGACCGCACCCAUGAGUUGCGAUCUCCGGGGCUACGAGAAUGGGCUUUAGACCAGGGCAUCAUGUUGACAAGGGCUGAAGGUCAGAGCCCCCAGUCAAAUGGAACGGCUGAAAGGGCGGUGCGCUACUUGAAGGGGAAGGCCCUCCAAGGAGACACCGGAGGUCAAGGGCGCAGCAAGUUGGUUCAAGAGAUCCUCGAGCUGAUGGCCAAGGACCCGGUCUACAACGUGAAGAGGCCGCAAGCUGCUGGAGGGGCGGAGCUGAGCACCAACAGCGUCUUUGGAAUCACGAAGUACACGGAUGAAGCAGCAACUUUGGCCAAAAAGGUAGCGGAGCUUCUCCGACGUGAUUUCCCAGGGGAAUGCUUUACGUCUGCGACGGUGAUCCAGAACACGGUCAUGCCCACUCACAAGGAUGUUUUCAACGACUUCAAUUCUCGGAAUUUGAUCUUCCCGCUCAAGACAACAAGGGGAGCGGGAGUGUGGGAGGAAAUGAAGCCGGGCGACGUGUUCAAGGGGAAGCACCAGGAGAUGCAGAUCAAGGAGAAGACUUUCUCUGGCCAGGUACACCUGCUUACCGAGCCGGUCUCCGUCAAUCCGGAGCGGUGGCAUUGUGCAGUGCAGGGAUCAGAGGGGCCAAGGUUGUUGGUGGCGGGACACACAAUAGGGUCCUGGAGGAAGCUAAUCCCGGAAAUAAAUCAGAAAUUGGAAAAUUUGGGUUUUGCGCUGCCAGAGCAACCUGAGGACGAGGUGCAGUUCAAGGCCAUCCAAGAGGGCGGUUACGCCUAUGUCGUGGACGAAAGUGACGCCAUCCCCGAUUACGAGAACAUUGAUGGUAUUGCUGAGGUUGAAACAGAUGUUGCUAGGUGUGCUAAGGCGGCGGCCGAGAACCUGUAUACCCCCGGAAUAGAAAAGCUUCUCAGCGAAUUGGAUGGUGAGUUACGUGUGGUGCACACAGUGCACCCAGCGGAGGUGGAAAAAAGUCUCCCUGAGUGA